GUUAUUAAAUCUCCUGAAGCAGGUAUGUUUUCAGAAAAAAAAUUAAAAUAUGAAUUCUGCACUUUAAAGCAUUUUUAUUUGAUUUGAUGGUAGAAUAAGAAUAUCCAGGCUUAUACAUAUGAUCAGAUGAUUUCAUAAUGCAGGCCUGUAUAGAAGGAGGUAUGAUCAUAUGUUAAUGACGUUAAUCAGCUGGCUGCUGAGGACCAAUCAGAGAGCUCUCAGAUGUUCUCCAGUGUGUUCGAGGCUCUGCAGGCAGGAGGUGUUUUUGAAGAACCAUGUCGGCUCCUCCACCAAUGAUGUAAAGAAAAAGGACCCCUUUCGCUUUUUACUCGAUCACGUUUUGCCUCCUAAACAAGUUGUGAACAUGUAACUCAUUACUGCAGGGAACUUUUUUUUUCUUCUUCCAAAGACUCGAGUGUGGAUUUGUUCCAAGUUGUCCUCCUCCAGAGCUCAUGAAAGCGUCUGCAGCAGAGCGGCGGGUUUAUGGACUAGCUAAUGAUGUCUGUGGGGUUCAUGCCUGACAGCCGGAAUGCCGCCUCAGAUGCAUCCAAAUCGGCCUUCCUAGAGUUUGCCCACGGUCAUCCGGCGCACCAGCAGCACUCCCCGGGACUCUCUCACAUUUACCCGGUCCACGGCCUGCACGCUGCCGGCCAUCACUCCCAGCACGACACUCCUUACCCUGGCAGCAGCAGCAGCAGCGCGUCCUAUGGCCGCUCUCUGGGCUGGAACACGCAUCACCAGUCUGCUUACAUGUCCUCCUACCAGCACAGCAAUCACAGCAACAACAACAACAACAACAGCAGCAGCAGUAUGGUGGCCCACAGCAGAUUAGAGCACACAGAUCGCGAGAAGCCCACGGUGAAUGAGAGCAGAGACAUCCGUCUGAAUGGAAAAGGGAGGAAGAUCCGGAAGCCUCGGACCAUCUACUCGAGUCUGCAGCUGCAGGCUCUGUUCCAGCGCUUCCAGCAGACCCAGUACCUGGCCUUACCGGAACGAGCAGACCUGGCGGCCAAACUGGGACUCACCCAGACUCAGGUGAAAAUCUGGUUUCAGAAUAAGCGCUCCAAGUAUAAGAAGAUCAUGAAGCAUGGCAGUGGAUCAGAAGGUGAACAUCUCCACAGCACCAGCUCCAUCUCACCCUGCUCUCCUGGACUAACCCAGCUCUGGGAGGUCUCCAAAGGAGCCCAAAUGCACCCAAACAAUUACAUGAACAGUUUUGGUCACUGGUAUCCAAACCAUCACCACCAUCACCCUCACCAUCAGGACGCCAUGCCCAGGCCUCAGAUGAUGUGAGGAGGUUUGUUUUUGGUGCACUUCACACUGAACUUCUCUCGAGGCCUCUCCUCUCAGAACUGAAUUUAAAAAUGUGUGUUUUAAUAGAUCUUGUUCAUAUUCGUUUAUAUUUCGUGUUGCGUUUUGAAUCCAAUUUUCCAAAAACUUCUAUACCAGGUAUCAAAAUAUAUUUUAUAGAUUUUGUUAUGAUGUCACUGCAACUUCUGGUGCACUGCCUGCAUCGACUCUCUGAAAAUGUGUGUGCAAUUUAACUCUGGAUAAAAGGCAUUUCAAAUAAAUAGAUAUAUAUUGUGAGAAUGGGUCUACUUUAUUACAGCGAGAGAGUUCCAGCUGCAAUGGUUCAACAAAUGCUGCACGUGCGCAUUAUGCAAAUAAAUAGUUGUUUGGAUUGA